AGCGGAGCGUGUCGGUGCGCAGGCGCGGUGAGAGCGGCGGGGCGGCGGCCAUGGCGACCUUCUUCGGGGAGGUGGUGGUGGCCCCGUCCCGCGCCGGCGUGGACGAUGAGGAGGAGGCGCGGGAGGAGACGCCCGAGGACCGGGAGAUCCGCAGGGAGCUGGAGAAGAAAAGGGAGAUCGACAUCCUCUGGACCUCGAAGUCGGGCGCGACUACGGAAAGCUGUGCCGACGAGCCCUUCGUGUGCUCUAAGUUUAUAGUAGCCAUAGGACGUAACGCUGCAGCUUUCCUGUCGUCUUUUAUUCUGGAUUCGGUAUGUUGGGAAGUAGUUGGAGUUGUGAAGCUGUGGAAUGAGUGGUGUCGAACAUCCAGCACAACAAAUGUCCUCCCAACAGAUUCUUUCUGUUUGUUCUACCGAUUAAUAUCAGAUCCAACAGUUUUGUUGUGCCAGUGCAGUUGCUACGUUGCUGAGGAUCAACAGUUCCAGUGGCUUGAAAAGGUUUUUGGCUGCAUGCGAAAGGAGGGCUUGCAAGUAACCAUCCUUUCAACGUGUCCCGUAGCUGAUUACAAAACUCAGGAAUCCACUUUAACACUUCCAUCUCCGUUUCUGAAAGCCUUGAAGACAAAAGAGUUCAAAGAGCAGGUCUGCUGCCCGCUGCUGGAACAACCUAACAUUGUGCGAGAUCUUCCUGCUGCUGUUUUGAGUUAUUGUCAAGUAUGGCAGAUUCCUGCAGUGUUGUAUCAGUGCUACACUGAUGUCAUCAAGCUGGACACGGUUACGAUUGAAGCGUUCAAGCCUCUGCUUUCUUCUAAAAUCCUAAAGAGUUUAGUCAAGGAUGUAGCAGAAAGCACAAAGAUUUUGAAGAAGUUACUGACAACCAAUGAAACUCACAAUAAUAUCUAUAUCUAAAGAGGACAUUUGUGACGCAGACUGCACUUUCGUAAACUCCAGUUUCUUCUGUAACGGACAUUUUGGAAUUGUAGUUAUUUCCUUAAAAGUGGAAUAAAUUCCAGUAGAUUUUUACUUCUGCACUCA